AUGGCUCAUGGAAAUCUCGACGCAGAUAACCUCUAUCCUCGAGGUUACCCUGAGCUUGCAGCAUUUAUGAAGACAGACGCGGAAAUCAGCAUGUUUCGACGAUUUGAUUAUCUCCACCUGCGAGAACUCCUUUAUUUGCAGGAAGAGCUUACAUCAUUAGAAGAGCAGUUGCAAAAGUUUGACGCUUCAGAACCUACGGAAAUCAACAAUAUGAGCCGGCGGCGGGACAAUAAUGAAGAGCGAAAGAAACUCAUGUCCCAGAUUCGAGUGCUACUUGUCGAAUAUGGUGAUGCCACCCAAUCACUAACACUAAAAUUCUAG